AUGUCCCCCGACCCCAUACCCCUUCCAUCUGACCCUAUCUGGGGUUCCACUCCUCUGCCCUAUUGGUCGGCCAUCCUCCGUUCCUCCGUUCCUCCGUUCCUCCGUUCCUCCGUUCCUCCGUUCCUCCGUUCCUCCGUUCCUCCGUUCCUCCGUUCCUCCGUUCCUCCGUUCCUCCGUUCCUCCGUUCCUCCGUUCCUCCGUUCCUCCGUUCCUCCGUUCCUCCGUUCCUCCGUUCCUCCGUUCCUCCGUUCCUCCGUUCCUCCGUUCCUCCGUUCCUCCGUUCCUCCGUUCCUCCGUUCCUCCGUUCCUCCGUUCCUCCGUUCCUCCGUUCCUCCGUUCCUCCGUUCCUCCGUUCCUCCGUUCCUCCGUUCCUCCGUUCCUCCGUUCCUCCGUUCCUCCGUUCCUCUGACUUCCCAUGUGUCGGAACUAGACCCUGCACUCUCGCAUCUGUCCCCUCCGCUCUGCUCUGCUUCGGACUUCAUCCAAGCAGUUCCUUCCACUCCACUUCUACUGUUGGUUCUGACCACAUCCAUCAGUCCUCCUUCAGAGGACCCCCAUUCCGAUGUCCUGUCAGAACCCAUAGAAUUUGUGUUAGACUACAUUCUGAAAUUAGGGGCACAUACUCGGGUAAGGGGCACAGUGUACGAGCUGAAGCCAAGCCCCUCAGACUCUGCUUUACCCUUGAGCACGGUCUUAACAAUGACUUUCAAUGCAGGACCCCCUCACAGACCCCUCAAGGAGGUCAUCCCUGUCCUCACGGAAACCACAUGGUCUCAGGACACUGGUCCUCUCAUCACCAAACUCAAGAAACUAGUUAAUGCUAAGCCAGAGAUCUUAAUGAUCUUCAUGGCUCUUAUCCGUGAAACCACUAAAUAUAAGUCACCUGAACAUUCGUUGACCACAUGGAAAAUGCUUUAUUGCGUGCAACUUGAUACCAUCAUUCCUUCAUCCACUGCUACGUCUGACACAGACUCAACAUCUCACUCCUCUCAGAGGGAUACUGCCUCUGAAUCAUCAGAUGACAAAGGCACUCAAGUCAUCGCUCUGCCAAGUGAAGGGGCCACUCUCCAACAUUACCAGGAAUAUGUCAAAUAUCUUCAGCUUCAAAAGGGCAAGUUAGAGACUCGCAAUGCCACAGACAAGGUCAUUAUAGACCUGGGAAAGAAAUAUGCCCUUACUAUUGAGAUGUUCCUGCUCAAUGAUUCAAUUUUCAAAUCACCAUGUCCUGAUCCUCCUGUAGACUUACAGAGUAAGCCUUGUUAUGCAACUAAGGCAAUGGAGAAGGCUGCUCUCGUCACAGAGCUCUACAGCUGUAUUGAUCACUGA